AAUAAAUAAUUGUUUAAAAAAAUACAUAAACACUGUAGUAAGUAUGACACUUUCCACUGAAGAAGACCUACAGCUUCCUUGUGGAAGCAGGUCUCUGAAGGGUCAUAGCUUUGGGGUUCUUGUGAGGCGAUGGGGGGAGGGUGAUUGAAGGCAUGUGGGGAAUGGUGAUACCAGAUGUGGAUGGGUGUGGCUGUGGUCCUCGUGGGGAGGGUGCGUGCGCACAUGUGCCAAGUAUUUCUCAGUGGUUCCAUUCAACUGGGGGCAGUGCGGUUUUCUGCCUUCUCAUCUCAGGAUGAAAGGUGGUGUGGAAGCAAAUGCAGAAUUCGUAUUAUGCUCCAGGUAUCAAUUGUGGAAAAAUGUAGCACAGCCGAGGGUCUCCUUGGUUCCUGGCACUGCUCUGGGAAGGACCUGCCCCAGCACACAGCGCUAUUUCCCUUUUCUUCCCAUGGGAAGGCGCGUGCCAGGGAUGGGCUGGCUCGCUGUUGUCUUGAACACUCACCAUUCUCUACCCAAAACGCAGGUUUUCCAACAUGCAGUUUUCAGAGACUUUUGAAGCUCCUCUUUACUCUUUCUCCAGAAGCUACUGGAGGAUGCCAACCAGCCAAACGAAGAAGUACAGCAAGAAAGAGGAUACAGGAAGUGGGGGAUUGAGUGUGGGGGAAGGGUUGGUGGGAUUCCUCGCACCCCCCUGGGGGGGCGGCACCUGUGCAGAGGCAGAAGGAGAACCCCGGGGCAGCCAGUGGUGGGAGAAGACACGGCAGGACAGUGAGCUGGAGAUGGCGCUUGCCACCGACGUCGUGGGAAUGUAGAUGGUCAGGCUAGUGUUUCCGCUGGAAUUUGUCUUCACUACUUAGAAAACUUAGCAGGUGAAAACGUAAGGCGAUAGACUCCAGGGAAGACAGAUCAGCAAAAGCUAUGUGUAAGAGGGAAAUCUAACCUUGGAUUGAAGUUUGCUUUAUGGCUCAACUCGGAAUAGCCCUUACAGAGUUCCAAGUAGCCGUCCUGUUUGGUUGGAAGGUUGCUGCCGGCGCUGCAGGUGACGCGGGUGCGGGGUAUGGGGCUUAGUUCGCUCCUCGUCUGCAUAGCUAGACGCCAGCACGUGGUGCCGGAAGUGCAAACUCAAGAUGAAGCCAGAGAAACGAACUGAUGGAGACUUGACGAUAAAUGCCUGAGAGCCGCAGCCGGAGUUGACGUGGGUUGCCUCUGAGAUGUUUGCGACGAGCCUUACAGAAUGACGAGAACUUUUUAAGCAAUGCGUUUAUGGAACUUUAAUAAAAGCAAAGCUCAGUAUACUGUUUAGCAGAAAGAGGUAAAUAUGGCAGGACUGAGACAUAUUUCCGGCGAGUGUAGAAGAUCCUCUGCUAUGUGAGAAAGCGCGGCUUGCCUGGGGUCCUCAGAGGGCCUUUGGGAACCUUGUUUUUGCCACGGUUCCCGCCCUUCCCAGAUAGGAACAGCUCGCUCUGCCUAACUGUGCGAGCGAUGUGCUUAAUGUGGAACCCCUGGGGGUCUGGGAUCUUGGUCCGGGCCAGGCAGAUAGAGCCCAUGGGACCCCCCAGCUGCACCCCCCCGCCCCUCCCCCUGGUACGAGCCUGGGCACUGAUGAGCUUCCGUGGCGGACAGCACUUGGGGCAUAUUGUCACCGUGCGUCGCUUGGGGGGUGAAGCUUACACCUACUUGCCCGCGGAGUUUGCUCCUCACCCCUUUCCCUUCGCCUCUUUUGUUCUGCAUCCUUUGGCUGUGGGAGGUCCUAGCCAUGAGUGCCACUGUACGGGGAAUCCUUGCCCCACAGUUGUGCUCCAGGGGACCUCCGAGACGCAAGCCUGCUUCGCCGUUAGCGCUUUUUCUUUUCCUAGUGUGGAGAUUGGUGAAAGCGUGAGGGGUGAAGAUGUCUACAUCAUCCAGAGUGGCUGCGGGGAGAUCAACGACAACCUCAUGGAGCUCCUCAUCAUGAUCAACGCGUGCAAGAUUGCGUCGUCGUCCAGGGUGACCGCUGUGAUCCCGUGUUUUCCAUACGCCCGACAGGAUAAAAAGGACAAGAGUCGUGCUCCGAUUUCGGCAAAACUAGUGGCCAACAUGCUCUCAGUCGCUGGGGCCGAUCACAUCAUCACCAUGGACCUGCAUGCCUCUCAGAUCCAGGGAUUCUUUGACAUCCCGGUGGAUAAUUUGUAUGCGGAGCCUGCGGUCCUGCAGUGGAUUCGGGAGAACAUCGCCGAGUGGAGGAACUGUAUCAUCGUUUCACCUGACGCCGGGGGAGCCAAAAGGGUCACCUCAAUCGCAGACAGGCUGAAUGUGGAAUUUGCCUUGAUUCACAAAGAGAGGAAGAAAGCGAACGAAGUGGACCGGAUGGUUCUGGUGGGCGACGUGAAGGACCGCGUGGCCAUCCUCGUGGACGACAUGGCUGACACAUGUGGCACCAUCUGUCAUGCCGCGGACAAGCUGCUCUCGGCUGGAGCCACCAAAGUUUAUGCUAUCCUGACACACGGGAUCUUCUCGGGACCAGCUAUUUCCCGAAUAAAUAAUGCCGCCUUUGAGGCUGUUGUCGUCACAAACACCAUUCCACAAGAGGACAAAAUGAGGCACUGUCCCAAGAUUCAGGUUAUUGAUAUCUCGAUGAUCUUGGCAGAGGCGAUCCGGAGAACACACAACGGUGAAUCUGUGUCCUACCUGUUCAGCCACGUGCCGCUCUAGACCCCGGACGGGGAGCGCGGGGCCGGCCCACUUGUGCGUGCUCACCUGACUUCUUAGUUUUAGGACUCAGCAAUUCUAGGAUAUAACGCAAAAGCAUCCCAUCUUGUAUCCUCCAAGACGCAUUGUUUCCCCCCUUCUCAAGCUCAAGACCAUUUCUUUCCAGUUUGGCCGGGGAGGGUGGUGGUUGUUUGAUCCUCGUGAGUGAACUGUUGUUAAUGAGAUAUGUUUCGUCAUCCCAACUUGUCCCGACAGGUGACCCUCUUCUUUGUUUUGCCAGUACUUUGAGGCCACAACUUUCAAGUAUGGAAUUCUCCCGCCGAAGUUCAUAGUUUAUGUAUUUCGAGGAUGCCCAAGGCAACUUCAGAUUAAAACCUUCUUUGUAAAUAAGGAUAAUGCCUAUGGACAUUGGGGUGAAACCCUGUAUACAGAAUUAGCCUUUUACUUCCAAGGGAACCUUAGAAAAUUGAUAAUACCCUGAGUUUGGUUUUACUUUAUUUUUUUCUUUUUAGUAACCAGGAUUCAAAUAAACCAUUGUGGUUAUUCUUAAUUUGACCAGAAUUUAAGCAGCCCAAGAUGGCCACUGACGCAUUUACUUUCUGAUAAACAUGAGACAGCAGAGUCAAUCCGUAUUUUGUUUUUAUUGCCCCUUCUGAAAGACACAUGAUAACCAUCACUUACCUGAAACGUCAUGUUCUAAAAUUCCAGAAUUAUGUGCAGCGGUAAAUCUGAUUGAGGAAGUGUCAAGAUAGACCCUUCAGGCUCACUGGGGCCACUCACGCUGUGCUCUUCCUGUCCCGCCAUCUUGUUUUAUGGCCUUUUGUUAGUUCCGGCUUUUACUUUGCCUUUUUUCCAAUAAUUUCACGUCGUGGGUUGCCGCCAAAACAAAGACUCCCCUAAGUCUCCUCAGAUUUACUGGUCUGUUCAUUGUUUUUGACAUAAUAAAAAGGUGAAUUUCUGUUGAGUACCACCAAAUGCAUAUUUAAACAUGACCUCCUUUGUUUUAAUAUUCUUUUGCCUUUUGUAAUCAGAAGUAGCAAGUCUACUAGACUACUGAUGAUUUUUACUAAAACCGUUCCAUGAAGAACGUGGGUAAGCGAGGUGUACAGAGAAAGUAAAGAUAAGGAAGUGUUUAUUGUUUUGUGACGGUAACGUUCCAGUGGUGGCCCAAGAGCGAUGGUGGAGGCGAAGCUUGCUUUACUCACACGUGCCCCUUGACAGCAUCCUCCUCGGUGAGGUGCCUCCCCACGUGUGGCAGAAGAGAGAUUUGCCUGCAUGGACAGAGCCUGGGAAUAAUAACAGUCCCUCUCUUCUGCUGAAUCUUAAAACUCCAAGAGCGGAAAUUGAUCUAAAUUUUGCAGGUGGCAAAACCAAAUCCAGAAGUCAGUAAUGGACUUGAACAGCAAUCCUUAAGGUUUCAAACUUCACUACAGCAGAGGUCGAGGUCAAAAAAUAUCGUUUGGGUCAUUGCGGAGAUGAACAUCUUGCUGUACCUUAAAAUGGAUUUUGAGGAAAGUGGUAUUCUAGCCUGGUAGAGUUGGCUGUGCAAUGUGUAUUGACUCUCUAGGCAGAGUUGACUUGAUAAUGUAAAGAGCCUCCUUAGAUGUAUGUAAUUUUUAGUUUUGAUAAAUGAGGAAUAUCUAUUUCUUGGGAUUUCUAUGCCUAGACCAGUGAAAAUGUAGUUACAAACACGCACACGUAGACAGCCUUGGCAUACAAGCAUAGACACAUUAACAUGACUGAAAAAAGUUGAUUUAAAUGUGAUCCUUUUUUCUCAAGUCUAAGAGCUAGUUUCAGAAUAAUCUUCAGAUAAAAAUUUGCAUGAUCAUGAUUGAAUUAACAACCGCCUCUCUCUUCUAGUCUCACUUUGUUGUUUUUCAAGUAGUUCUGAUACAUUAACUAAUUCGACUAGACUUGGCCACACACAGCGGCAGUGUAGACCCCCUCGACUAUGUGAUGGUUUCAGUUCAAGAAAGAUGAUGAAGGGGGCCUCGGGAGCGGCCCCAUCCCCAGACUCGCUAGCCUUUGCUGCUUGUGUGUGGACCUUAAGCGAAACCACCAGAUCUCUCGGUUGGGUCCGACUCACGUGUGUGGGGCCGAGCAGGGGAGCCACAGAAAUACACGUGCCCCAGAGCUGCCCGUGCUCCGGCCAAAAGUGUGUUAAUCCGCGUGCAGAUGCUCCUGUUAGAAUGUGCCUCUGUUCGGAUGCAGUGCUUACAUGGGUUUAGGAUAUAGGAUUUUAAGGUCGUCGAACACUGUACUAACACAUUUCAAUAAAAUCGUGCUACUUCUUUCUGUUA